AUUAAAUUAUAAAGAUAAUAAAUCGAUUUUUGUGUUGGGUGGGUCACUAUAUUUUGUAUUUAAAUUAUUUUUUGACGCAUUUUUCCGCAUUCUGACAUUUUUGUCAUCGAAUUUUUUUAUUUAACUUUGUAACAACAAUGUUUUCUAUAAACCGCAACUCCUAUCUACACACCAGAAGCAGUUCUGUAAAUCUCCGAAUUAUAAACAGAUGUGUUGACUUAGCAAGAAGCCAGCCCACCCUUCAUGACUCCUCCUAUUUUGAGCCCCCCUGGUAUCGCUUGACUUCUGAACAACCUGAUAUUCCUUGCGAGUUUGUUGACCCCACCAGAAGACCAGUCGCAUUUGGAAAUUGGGCUUUGCCUAAACUCAGACGUGAGUUGCACCACGAAGAGGAAUUAAUCGUAAUUCAAGCUCUUCGAAGCAUUAGCGAUUUAAUACACGACCCGGAAAAGGCCUACGAAGCUAUCAGGCUCCAGAUUCCGGAUAGAUUGUGUGAUAAACUCCUUGAUCCUCUACCUCCCGUCCGUGAAAACGCAGCUUUGAUUCUAUCCAUCUUGGCAGAAUUUGCUGAGGGAAAAGAAGCAAUUUUACGAAAUAACUCGCUGCUAGAAAAUUUAUAUUUAGGUCUGGGUGACGGACAAAUGUCGGUGCGGCUAAAAGUCGCUGCGUGUUUACGAAAUAUUGCCACCCUCUGGACGACCGCCGAUGUUUUGGUUGACUCCGGGCUCAUACAAGCCCUUCUUGAAAUAAUUGAUAAAGAAGAAGACCGCGACAUUGUUCUAAUCCACUUAGAAACACUCAAAUAUUUGAUGUACGAAUGCGGCAAAUGUGUUGCUUUGAAAAAUAACGGUUUCCGAAUUUUCAGCAAAUAUCUGGAUCAUGAAUCACCGGCAAUUGUUUGCAAAGCGCUUGAUUGCCUUUCGAUUUUAACCUCGACAAAGAAAGGCAAAAAGCUCGCACUUGAGAAGAAAUUAUUGAAAACGUUGAAUCGACUCUUACACUACGGAGACAACGAUAUAUGCACAAGUGCAGCUUCUGUCGUCAUGUUUUGCACGGUUAAAACAAGAGCAAAGCAUGCAGCUGCUGAAAUUAAACCUCUUCCAAAACGCUUAGUUAAACUCGCCACAAACCCGCUUAAUCCCACUUUGCAAAUGUUCUGCUUGAAGGUGAAGAGUGUGGGUCCCAAACUGGUUCCAUUUUUCAAGACGGUCACCAUUUACUUUGUUGUAUUCUUGCCAUACAAUCUACCGUCAGUUUUAUCAACGAUUUUAAAAUGUUUACCAAUUUUAAGUUUAAUGCUUUUUGUUUUACUCCAUGGCAUGAGUUUAGGUGAUGAAUACAGAUACUCGAGGAGAAUUCUAGUCGGCUUAAUUUUCUGUUGUUUGGGAGAUGCAUUUUUGAUAUGGCCUGGAUAUUUCGAAGUCGGAAUGUUAGCCUUUGCCAUAGGGCACAUAAACUAUAUUCUCGCAUUCGGUUUUAAACCAUUUAAUUUUAAAUUAGGGGCAUGUUUAUAUGCUAUUAAUGUAAUGGGUCUAGCGUAUUUAAUGUCAGGUUUACACGGUAUUCUUGUUCCUGGUGUAACUAUUUACACGUUUAUUUUGACAACGAUGAUGUGGAGGGCUAUUGCUCGAGUCCAGUUUUUCGAGGAUUUGUGGACAUGGAGCAAGUUGUGUUCGUGUGUUGGAGGAGUUCUUUUCGUACUUUCCGAUCUCAUACUCGGUUUAGAUCGGUUCAAAUUUUCAGUUGAUCAUUCACAGGCUCUUGUUAUGUCGACUUAUUAUGCAGCUCAGUUGGGUAUUGCUUUAAGUGUCGUAGAUGCCAAAUCUCAAGCGACCGCGCGGUCACAUAAAGUAAAAUAACUAAAUUCAUGUCUAGUAUUCACUUGUUUGUGUUUGUGUUCAGACUUUAAGAGUCUUCCAUGAAAAACAGAUUUUUUUAAGUCAGAGGUUGGAUUUUUUGGUGCACAUAAAUAACAAGCCUACAACUCAAUUCCUGACUUUUUGUGAUAAUUAUCCGUUCAUAAGUAAGACUGUGUCAAAACAAAAAACAGUUUCCUAACUUUGUAAUUCUACGUCGUUCUUUUUUGAGUUUGUUUAAGUUUUUACUUUGACUGACUUCCUGUUACCUGUUUCUGACAAAAUUGGGGAAAUAAGUUCCCGAAGAUGAGUAUUAGGUAAACCCCACCAAAUAAAGCUCACUUUUUUAGUCUUCCUUUAAUUUUAUUUCAAUAGGCUGCACACAGUAUCUGUGAUUUUAAAUAUAAUCUUGUUUUUAGAUGUUGGAUAGAAAGUAUGUAUCAUAAUACUUAAAAUACAUAAUAAAAUAUAAAUAUAA